GGUUGGUCUCUAUUUAAAAACGCGCACUUGUCCUCCUCACUUGUUCUUCUUCAACGACGACCUCUUGAGUAGAAGAAACUCGGCAGUUUAUAACUAGCUAUCCAUCAAACAUGUCGAGCCGGCGAUCAAGAUCUUCAAGGCAUUCAGGAAGCUCUUCUCGCAUCACUGAACAGCAGAUCAGAGAACUCGUCUCCAAGCUUCAGACGCUUCUCCCUCAACCCGUGCCACUAGACAGCAUUAGUGAUGCGGCAUCGGUAUCAAGAGUGUUGGAGGAGACAUGCAAUUAUAUAAGAAGCUUGCAUAAGGAAGUCGACGGACUCAGCGAGAGGCUUUCUGAGCUUCUUCAGGACACUGAUCUGGAAGACAUUAUCAGGAGCUUGCUCAUGUGA